GGCGCUGCGGGCACUGAGGCGGCCGAGGGGCGGUGAGAGUGGCGGCGCUUCCGCGUUGGGCGGGGGGCGGCGGGGGGCGCUCCGUGCUCGGGUGGCACCGGGCGGCUGAGGGGCGGCGGUCGUUGUCCGGCGCACAGGGGAUGCGCUUGUGAGGGCGGCGGAGCAGCGGGUGCGGGUGAAGCCCGGGCAGAGCGGAGCGAUGUCCCAGCCCCAGCAGCCGCCGCCGCCGCCGCCGCCGUCCCCUCAGCAGCAGCCGCAGCCGCCGCCUCCGGCCGCCUCCAAGAAGCGGGACCGGCGCAUCUUCUCGGGCACCUGCCCCGACCCCAAAUGCCAGGCGCGGCUGUUCUUCCCGGCGCACGGGCCGCAGGGCAGCGGCAGCAUCGAGUGCACGGACUGCGGGCGGCGCCACGAGCAGCGGCAGCUGCUGGCCGUGGAGGAGGUGACGGACCCCGACCUGGUGCUGCACAACCUGCUGCGGAACGCGCUGCUGGGCGUCAGCGGCGCCGGCCCGCCCCGCAGGAACACCGAGCUCGUCAAAGUCAUGGGCCUCUCCAACUAUCACUGCAAGCUCCUGGCCCCCAUCCUGGCCCGCUACGGGAUGGACAAGCAGACUGGCAAAGCCAAGCUCCUCACGGAGAUGAACCAGGGAGACAUCUUCGACUGCUCCCUCCUGGGCGACCGCGCUUUCCUCAUCGAGCCGGAGCACGUUGAAACCAUCGGUUAUGGGAAGGACCGCUCCGGCAGCCUCAUUUACCUGCAUGACACCCUGGAAGACAUAAAGAAGGCCAACAACAGUCAAGAGUGCCUCAUCCCUGUCCACGUGGAUGGAGAUGGCCACUGCCUUGUCCACGCAGUCUCGCGAGCGCUAGUUGGCAGGGAACUCUUCUGGCAUGCUUUGCGAGAGAAUCUAAAGAAGCAUUUUGAGGAGAAUCUGAGUCACUACAAGGCACUUUUCCACGACUUUAUCGAUGCAGCAGAGUGGGAGGACAUUAUCAAUGAAUGUGACCCUUUGUUUGUUCCUCCAGAAGGUGUGCCAAUGGGCCUUAGGAAUAUUCACAUCUUUGGUCUGGCCAACGUGCUUCAUCGGCCUAUUAUCCUGUUAGACUCCUUGAGUGGAAUGCGAAGCUCUGGAGAUUAUUCAGCGACGUUCCUCCCUGGUCUGAUACCCCUGGAAAAAUGCAUGGGAAAAGAUGGCAUGUUGAACAAGCCGAUCUGCAUUGCAUGGAGUAGCUCAGGACGUAACCAUUAUAUUCCUCUCGUUGGAAUAAAAGGUGCUGCUUUACCUAAGCUGCCUAGAAAGCUACUUCCUAAAGCCUGGGGAGUUCCUCAAGACCUCAUCAAAAAGUACAUCAUGUUAGAGGAGGACGGUGGUUGCAUCAUUGGAGGAGACAGAAGUUUGCAGGACAAGUACUUGAUGAGGCUCGUUGCUGCAAUGGAGGAGGUUUUCAUGAGUAAACAUGGUAUCCACCCCAGUCUUGUAGCUGAUGUGCAUCAGUAUUUCUACAGAAGGACUGGUGUAAUAGGGGUCCAGCCUGAAGAGGUCACUGCAGCUGCCAAAAAAGCAGUGAUGGACAACCGCCUUCACAGGUGCCUCAUCUGCGGGGCCCUUUCAGAGCAUCAUGUUCCCCCAGAGUGGCUGGCUCCCGGGGGGAAGCUGUAUAACCUGGCAAAAAGCACCCAUGGCCAGCUAAGGCCCGACAAAAAUUACAGUUUUCCCCUGAACAGUUUGGUGUGUUCUUACAACCCCGCGAAGGAUGUGCUGGUACCAGACUAUGGCCUGAGCAAUUUGACUGUUUGUAACUGGUGUCAUGGUAACUUAAUGCGUCGAGUCAGAGAAGAUGGGUCUGUUUCAUAUAUUGAUGGAGACAGAACUAAUACUAGGUCUACAGGUGGCAAAUGUGGCUGUGGAUUCAAGCACUACUGGGAAGGUAAAGAAUAUGACAAUCUGCCUGAAGCUUUUCCUAUUACUCUGGAGUGGGGUGGAAGAGUAGUGAGAGAGACGGUCUACUGGUUCCAGUACGAAAGUGACACAUCUCUGAACAGUAAUGUGUAUGAUGUCGCCAUGAAACUUGUUACCAAGCACUUCCCUGGUGAAUUUGGUAGUGAGAUUCUUGUUCAGAAAGUUGUCAACACAAUAUUGCAUCAAACUGCCAAAAAGAACCCCGAUGACUAUACCCCUGUAAAUAUCGAUGGUGCUCAUGCCCAAAGAGCUGAUGACGUACAGCAAGGACAAGAGUUAGAGUCACAACUUCCAACCAAAAUUAUUUUGACUGGACAGAAGACAAAAACUUUGCACAAGGAGGAGUUGAAUAUGAGCAAAGCUGAAAGAACUAUUCAGCAGAACAUUGCGGACCAAGCUUCUGUAAUGCAGAAACGGAAAAGUGAAAAAUUGAAACAAGAGCAUAAAGGACAACCCAGGACUGCUUCUCCUGGGGCUGUUCGUGAGGGGCCAUCAUCUGCACCUGCUACACCAACAAAAACCCCAUAUUCUCCAACAUCCACAAAAGAAAAGAAAAUUCGAAUAACCACCAAUGAUGGGAGGCAGUCGAUGCUUACCCUGAAGUGCACCACCACCUUCUUGGAACUGCAGGAAGGCAUAGCGAGAGAAUUUAAUAUUCCUCCCUAUUUGCAAUGUAUUCGCUAUGGCUUUCCUCCGAAAGAGCUUCUGCCUCCCAAAGAAGGCAUGGAAAACGAGCCUGUUCCUUUGCAGCAUGGUGACAGGAUUGCCAUAGAAAUCCUGAAGGGUAAGGAGGAAGGCAGGCAGGCUGCCUCAGCACACUCAGCCCAUGCUGUGAAGCAUGAAGACAUUGCUGUGACCAGUAAAAUCUCAUCAAAGGAUCUGCAAGAGCAAGUGGAUAAGGAGAUGUAUUCGCUCUGUCUUCUGGCAACACUCAUGGGAGAAGAUGUUUGGUCUUACGCAAAGGGGCUUCCUCAGUUGUUUCAGCAGGGUGGAGUAUUCUACAGCAUAAUGAAGAAAACAACAGGUUUGGCUGAUGGCAAGCACUGCACUUUUCCACAUCUGCCUGGUAAAAACUUUGUGUACAAUGCAGCAGAAGACAGAUUAGAGCUGUGUGUGGAUGCUGCUGGGCACUUUCCAAUCGGUCCUGACGUUGAAGAGCUGGUUAAAGAGGCCUUAAGCCAAGUGCGAGCUGAAGCUACUUCAAGAAGCAGGGAAGCGAGUCCUUCGCACGGAAUGCUGAAGCUGGGUAGUGGUGGAGUAGUGAAAAAGAAAUCUGAACAACUACAUAAUGUAACUGCAUUUCAAGGAAAGGGCCAUUCCCUAGGAACUGCAUCUAGUAGUCAACAACAUGAUCAAAGGGCCAGGGAAACACCACUUUUAAGAAAGCAUAGCACAGAAACAGACUUCAGUCCUUCUGCUAAAAUUGAGCCUUCUGUAUUCACAGCUGCUUCUGGUAACAGUGAGCUUAUCCGAAUUGCUCCGGGAGUUGUGACAAUGAGAGACAGCAGGCAGCUUGACCCCACUCUGAUUGAGGCACAGAGAAAAAAGUUGCAGGAAAUGGUCUCUUCUAUUCAGGCUUCAAUGGAUAGACAUUUGCGGGAUCAGAAUACAGAGCAGUCAGCAUCAGUUGAUGUAUCUCAAAGAAAAGUAGAGGCAGUGAGUUCAACUGCUAAAGCUGGGAGCUUUCAGGCUGGCUUACCCGAAUCAUUUUCUGCACCAGGUGGUACUGAACACUUGAAUACCGAAUCAACUGAUGGUAACAUGGUGAAUUCUGUGGGAACAACAUUCCCUGCGAGGUCUAAAGCACAAAAGGGAAAUUCUGUUGAGGAGCUUGAGGAGAUGGAUAGUCAAGAUGCAGGAAUCACUAAUGCAACUGAGCCAAUGGAUCACUCUUGAUAGGUUAAAAUCUAAUAAGGGUAGAAGAAAUUACUGUUCAAAUGUAAUGUUUAUUGGCUGGGCCACACAAAGUGAUUAGUUAUUAAAUCUUGUAUGUAUGUCAAAGAUUAUAUCAUCUUAUUCAGUGCAUGAUAAGCGUGUGAUUGGCAAUAGCUUUCAAUAUUACCAUACUGCUGCCCAGGCUGGCUCUGUUACCUGUAAAUUAGUUAUUAGGAAAUGCACUGAGAUGAAUAUCUGCUGUACAUGUGGGUUCUUGAAAAUUCUUUGUAAUUUUUAAUUCCUUAAAAGUCUUAAAAUUUAAGCCCAUGCAAGGUUCCUACCAUGCUAGUUUAAGGUUGCUGGAAAGGCUAGAACAGGCAAAACUAGAAAUUUGACAAAGUUAAUUCUGUCCCAGGUACUUAAUUACAGUCAGAGAUACACUAUAAACAUGAAUUAUACAUACAUUUCAAAAAGCAACUGAAACUAAACUACUGCUAAAUUUGAUAAUGUAGCAUAUACAGUACUUUUAAUUACAUUGUGCUGGCACUUUCUCCAGUUCAAUAACUUUUUCAUUCAUACAGCUGUUUAUGCCUCUCAGAAAUCUUGGAAUGUGUGUGACUUUAGCAAACUCUAAUUUCUCCAUACUGUCAGUUUAAGUUAGUAAAAAGGCUACACUAGCAUAUGAUGAAGAUAAAGUGAAUGUGGUGUGGUUAUGCAUGGCUGUCUGAGCCAACACAACCAUUUUGGUGCUCUGUUAGUAAGUGAUAGCACGUCUUUAUUUCCUCCCAAAUACCGAGGUAGUCAAGUGUUGUGCAACUUUUAAGACAAUUACAGGAGAAAAGUUGGCAAUUUCAAUAAACAACAAACAGCAAAUCCAUUUCUUUUAAAAUACUUUGAUUACUAGCAUUGGUUAGAAAUGGCAAAAAUUAAAUAACAGCUGUCCUCUUAAGAGCAAAUUAAGAAUUUAUUGGAAGGAAAUUACUCUAACAUACAUUAUCCUAAAGUGUUUGGGGAUAAUUGAGCUUUUAGAAGCUCAGUGUUUACUCUGUGGGAACAAGGAAUACAUGCUGUUUCAGUGUCCAUAAAGACUACCCACCUCUCUCAGCCUCACUUCAGUUUGUGGUGCAGAUUUCCCUGCAUCAGUGAUAAUAUAACUGGUAUCCACUUAAGUAGUGUGUUCAUCAGACCUGUAGUGCUAGUUUUUAAGAAGCAGCCACUGUGCUUGCUCCCUAAGGAUGGAAUGUGUUUCUGAUACUGCACUUUGCUUCCUAUCUUCAUAGUCAUAUUUAAAUGCACUAUUAUUGCUUCCUCUCAUGGUAAAAUAACAUUGAAUGGAUGAAAGAUGUUAAAUACAGCUUCAAAUGAUUUAAGAGCAUUUAAAUACUGAAGUCUGUGUUUGUGCACAUGUGGGUUUUUACCAGUUCACUAAUGUGGUUUGUGUUGUAUAUGUUUGUAUUCAGAAAAGUCUCCUCACUUUUUACAUUUCUAGUCACUUAAACAGUUCUAACCAUUAGUAUGAUAAAAUGUCCCAUGAGGAAGGAUUUAUUUUUGUAUGUAAAACUGAAAUGAAGCAAGUCACUAAAGUAAUAGCCCCUCUCUUUUGUCAAGGUAAAUUAAAAUGCCUCUGUUCGUUAACUUUUUAUGUAGAUGGAACAAAUACUUUAGUACACUACUUAGAAGCAAAAAUUAAGGAACACCUUUUCACAAAUAAAUGAAAAAUGUUAAGAUCUCAAAUUGCUACCCACUAAGUUAGCAAUUUGGAAGCUUGGAAUGUAUGAAGCAGUUGGCUCACCAGAACUGACCUUGCUGAUGCACUGAUUAACUGGCAGGGCUUAUUCAGUGAGAAACAGGAUGCACAUGCAGCAGCUGGAAGCCUGCCAUGACUUCUGAAAACAUUUAGUCUCCCAUGAAUCAGUCUAGCUGGCUGAGGGCUACAUCUGUAUAGAAAAUGUUGAGCAGAGGCUUGUGCUUUGUCACAGUGUGAGGCUUCAAAAAGUAUAUCAGUGCAUGUUCCUGGGAAGGAGUUUAAAUCAGGAGAGGUUGAGGGGGAGCAAUGUCCUGGAUCUCUUGCAGUUUAAACCAAGUAACCAUCACUUUGACAGUUUUAACCUUUUCUUUAGAAAAGGUUAUUUUUUCUUGGCUGAAAAAAUUAUGGGCAGUGUAUAUGAGAGAAUUUUAAGUCUGAAAUAAAUUGAAAUAUUUAUUGUACAUCGUCCAUAGUUCAGUGAAAAAUGCUUACUUCUUUCAUGCCAUUCUGGUAAGACUACAGAAGUUUGUGUGCCUUUUACUGUGUAAAGAGGAAGGCUUGGUUUAGUUUUGACACAUUUCCCAUUUUAGUAGUAAUUUGACAUUUUUCUUCUUAACUAAAUAGAAGUAGAAACAGAUAAUAGCUCUAUUUGACUCACCCUUAGUAUUGUCUUGGGCCCACUGGAGUCGUGUAGUUCAGAACUCUCCAGUUCCUGAAAAAGAUGGUCUCAAAGGAAUGGUAAAAUGGUGUCAGUCACAAGAUCCACUGGUCUGAGUUCCUCUGGUGUAAAGCAGGAUUGUGCAUGUUUCUUUGCAGUGUUCUUAUUUCAUGUGGCUUUCCCAUGCGUUUAAUAUCAGUGGUUUUGAGAAAGAUGGCUUUUGAUACUCUGAAGUGAAGCUAAACUUCAUCUACAUGCCGGUGAGAUGUGUGACUGUACAGGAGAAGUGAAAUAAAGAACACCAAAGUGCAAGUUGGAACAGAUGUUUCAUUUGAUUGUUAGCAGUGGGUGCAAAUGUAAGUUGAGACAAAUCUGUGUGCCUGUCUUAGGAGCACCCGUGUGCUUGUUAGAUUUCCCUGUUAGUCAGGAAAAUGGUGAUGGGAUACGAGGGCAAGGAAGACGUUGACUCAUUCUGGACGUGAAGAUGUGUCAGUAGGACUUCUCAAAUGUCGAGAAGGGUACCCUUUUCUCAAAAAAUAAAAGCAACCAACCCAAAUUCCUGCUACUGAAUUGCCUGUGGAAAGAGGCUGUGGUUCUAAAUUCUUUUUGAGUACCCACCUGGAUUCCUUUCUUGUCUAAAGACCAACCACCUUCUACACUGUAUCUUGUGUCAAAGAAGACACAUUAUUAGAAAAUCCUAAACUUUACUAUGGCUUAGUACAUAUAACCUAAAGGAAAGAUGGUUACUGAAAAUCCAGCCCUCUUAUGAAAAUAAAAAGGGAAAUGAACUUGAUUGCUGAUGAGCAUAUGGGAAACCUCAGGAGAACAGAUCAGUUUUCCAGGAAAAUGUAAGACUUUUACUACUUCAAAUGGCUGGCUGCUUAGUAAGGUUGAAUUUUUGAUAGUGCAGUUUCUCUUUUUUUUUUUUUUUUUUCAAAUGAAAUCAAAGAAAUAUAUUUGGGAUGUCUUCCUUGUUGUAGUCACAAAACUGCAAUGGGCACUGUUGGCUUUGUGAGUCCCAUAUAGUUUACUAGUCUUGCUGGCUACAAAGUGUGAGCUAGACAUUGCCUCCGACAGAACACUCCAGCAGAGGCAGAGAGGCACAGUGCCACAGGGCUGUGUGCUGACAGCCCUGUGCAGCAGGCAUGCUUUCAAGACCAAAAUACUUUAUUUACAAUCUUAGAUAAGGUAGAGUCUGUUGUCACUGUCACAGGGUUAGCAGAGUUGCUUGCUACUUCUUCAGUGCACUGAAAAUGCCAGGUAAUAAAAUUCACAGUAUGCUUACAAUUGGGAGAGCGAUGCUCGGUCUGAGUUGUAUGGAAAAUGAACGAUUUAAGAAGAUGCCACUGUUAUCUCUACAUUUGUUUGGCUCCCAUUUUCAAAAAUCAGAAUCUACAUGCUUUUGUAAAAUAAUAAUAUGAAUAUGAAUACGAAGUUGAUCCUUUUGUUAACCACAACAGUGAGUGGUUUCUUUGUUUUGCUUGUGGAUAUCAGUUUAGCUUCAUGAAGAAGUUGCUUAAGAUCUUUAGAAUGCAGGAUUCCCUCUGAGCCCUUAUGCCUGUGGUUGAGCAAUAAAAGGCUGAAACAAGAGUGGUAUUUUUCAGAAAUAUUUUAUGUUCAAUGAGGAUUAUUGCCAAGAAAUGAAAGAGUGCACUUUUAGGAGGGAAUGCUAUUUAAACUGUAUAAAUAGGAAUUAAAAUAGUGUAUAUAUUUAGAAAAAAAUCUUUUUAAAAAGUGCUUUACAUGUUGAAUUAAAAAUAAAUUAGCAUAGAAGCUAUACCAUCUUCACAGUACUGGCUGUUAUCCAGCAAGGUUUGGUUUGUUUUAUUUGUGAUUGCUGUACUAAUUAUAUUUGAUUUUUUUAUCUGUAAUGUAACAAUAGUGUAUUAUAACAGUAUAUAGUGUACUAUACUACACUUCACUGUACAGUAUUUGGAAUUUUCUUUGAUUGCAAUAUUAAAACUAUAAGUUAAAACAUCUGUUUUGGUUUUAUCAGGUGCAACUUUUAUCUACACAUUAAUCACACAUUAGCUUGUUUAAUUAACACUGAUUUGGCUACAAAAUGAGUGAGUUGAAAAUAUAUUCUAAGUUCUGCAUAUAAAUCGCGUUAUACUUGCAUACAUGAAUACUCAUACAGAAGUUGAAAAGCUGGUACAACUCUUAGAGAAGUAAAAUCUGAUGUCAUCCAUUUUCCUUUAGUAAUGCUUUUGUUUAAAAGAAACUUCUUGGAAAGAAAGCUCUUUAAGGAACAGUGUUUCUUUGACCUUGUACCUGUUCUGAAUAUUUCAUUAAACAAAUAGGACCUCUGAAUUUGAAAGAUUUCUCAACAGUAUAUGUUUCCUAUAUUUGCAAACAAAAUGCAAGAUCUAAUUUUUUUUCCCAAAGUUAUCACCAAGAGGAUGUAGAAAAAUGCUGAUCAAGUCAUAUAUGACAUUUAAGAUACCUUGCAAUCUGUGAUUUGAAAUGUUGGUCAAAAUGUAUUCAAAGCAAAAUUUUACUGUGUGCAUGUAAUACUCAAGUAUGAAUGGUAUAAUUUGGAAGAACUAGGCUUUUGAAAAUUUGGCAAUACUCAAAGAUGAACAUAUUGACAACUA